CGUUUUUCACACGCGUUACAAAUUACUGUGUAAAAAAAUUUAAUUAUAAAUCUAUAUUUUUUUAUAAAAAAAUUUUAAAUGGAAAUACAAAAAACAUUAUCGACGCCUAAACCGCCGUCUAAAACAGCUUUUUUAAAAACGAAAUCUGGAAAAUGCCACCGGCCAUGCGGGACACUUCAUCGUAAUCCCUAUUUGAACUUUUUACGAGAAUUCCGUUUGCGCAAUAGCGGGCUAUCGGCGGUAGAGAUUAUACGUCGCGGUGCCAGAGAAUGGAGAAGUAUGCCAAAGGAGGACAAACUGCAGUUUAUAGAAGAGGCAUUUUAUGCACCGAAAAAAAGGAAGCCACCACCACCACCACCGGCACCGAUACCCGCGCAGCCGACACAGAUGCGCGGGACGCCAUUCCAGGACAGUUGUGGCAUAGUAUGCCCCAAUCCUUGUGCGAAAAAACGUCGCAGAAGAAAGGCGAGAUGUGCCCGCAGACGCAGACCUAAGAGGAGGCGUUGCGCCAAGAAGCGGCGUCCAAAGCGCCGUGGCUGCAAACGCAGGAAGAGAAAAAGCUGCAGAAUAUAGUCGGCGCCGGAUUAGGAUCAAGAAAGUGAAUCUCGAUAUUAAAUUAAAAAAAAAAUUCUCAAUUCGUGUUUAUGGUGUAUGCGUGUUUAGUAGUUGUUUGUAAGUCUGGCAUAAAAUAUGUGUCAAUAAAUGGAAAAAUUUUGCGUAUUUUUAA